UGAGCCACUUCCCGUCCGGCGGUUCGCGAGGAUGGCAGACUCAAGGGAACCUCCUCCUCUCUUCAACGACGACGAUGAUUCGCGUAAGGACGACGACAAUGACGACCUCUUCACGUCGGCCGUCCAGUCGCCCGUGAGCGAGCUGACCACACCUGAGGACCAAACGAAGCAAGAGGGGGCCGGCGACCCCCUCACAUCCCCCCCACCUGCUACAUCCUUCCCCCCUGACCCCUCAGGUGGUGACCGGCCUGACCUUUUUGAGUCUUGUGAGGAACCCUCUGUAGGUGGUUUCUCAUCUGUGCCUCUGGAGCAGCCCGCUGAGGGGGGAGGCACGCAGCAGGUCAGCACUGAUGCCAAGGACCCCCCACCUACCCCUCCCACCACUCCUUCUGUUGGGUCUUUGGUAGAGGUUCCAUUAGUUGUGGAUACAGACCAAGACCUUCAACCUACCACCACCACCUCUUCCACUCCCGCCCACCCAGAUUUCACUCUCUUUGACACUCCCCCCAACGCUUCCGAAGCCCUCGUUUCCUCUCCGGAUAUCCUGACCCCACCUCCCACCUCUACCACCACCACCUCCACCUCCACUUCUGCACAGGAGCUCUCAGCCUCACCUCCAUCUUCCAGUGCACUUCUUGAUCUCAGCAUGACCCUCCCGCAGGAGCUGUCGUCAGAGCCUUCAGCGAACCUGGUAGAUGCACCCUCUGUAGAGCCUGCAGUUAUGAGUAGCUUUAUCACACCUGCGGAGGAAGCUAGCACUCUGGAUGCCGCUGCUGCUACUAAUGACGAUGAUGAUGAUGCCAACAGCCCCACUAAUCUUGCUGGCGAGGACCCAGCAUCAAGCUCUGAGGAAGCGCUAGUUACUGUUUAUGAUAACGAGACCCCUGAUGUACACAGUUCUGGCCCAGAGCUUGAUUCUGAUUCUUCCUUGCUCAAUGCACCCUCUUUCCUUGGUGAUGGGGAAACUACUGAAAUCUCCCUAGAUGAUACUGCACAGGUUUGGACCUUAAUUUGUGCCUUUCCAAAUGGGUGAUGACAUUCCCUUUCUCAGGUUAUUAAAGAUUGAUAUAAGAAUUGAAAGCUCCAUAUAGAAUGAAGUUUAGAUUUGAUUCAUUUUUUUUUUUUAUUCUGUUGACAUUGAAUCUGGUCAUGAAUUAAGAAGAUGGGAGAAUGUAGUGAGG